UUUAGAAUAAUUUUUAAUGUUUACUAUAUACAUAUGAAAAUAUUUUUAUUUAUUUUGCUAUAAUAUGUGCUAACUCAGUCUCAUAAAAAUUUUUUUAAUGAACUAAUUACAAACAAAUUGGUAAAUAUUAUUACAGAAUACAUUUAAAUGACUAGUAGGCUACUACCUGCAAUAGUCCACGAAGUAUUGGAUAAUUUGAGAAAAAAUUAUGAAGAACGAUCUUGUGUUGAAGAAUUAUUAUUAAGCUUGAACUCGGUUUUUGGUUCUACAUUGACUGAACAUGCUCUUGAACUAAUUGAUGAUGGUAGUGUGUUUUUAAUUGUAAGUCAUUUACGAAGCAUACUUCAAAUAGUUGGCUCAAGAGGUGAUAUUUAUACAAUAAUGGAAACAGCUAACUUUUGCACAUGCAAUUUUUUCAAGCAUCAAGUAUUAAAAGAUAAAGCAUUGUGCUGCAAACAUUUUUUAGCUGCUAAAGUAGCAUUAAUUUUAAGAAGUUUUAAAACCAAAAAUGAAACACCUGAAGGUAUAACUUCAAUUAUGAUUUCUGCAUAUAGUAAUCAAGAAUUUUAAUGAACAAGUAUUAUUUAUAAUGAAUAGUUUUAAAUGCAAUGAUAUAUUUUAUAUAUAUUAUAAUUAAAUUGUACAAACAUAAUACACAUUGUAUUAUAUAGUAUUGAUAUAAAAUGGAAAAACAAAUGUAAAAAUACUUUUCAUUGAAUAAAUGUUGAGAUAAUUUUGUAA